AUGUUUAUCAAGCAGAUCAUCAUUCAGGGUUUUAAGAGUUACAAGGAACAGACCGAGAUCGCACCCUUCUCUUCACAGAGUAACGUUAUAAUUGGCAAGAAUGGCUCCGGCAAGAGUAAUUUCUUCUCGGCAGUUCGUUUUGUGCUGGGCGAUGAUAAGACCCAACUGAGUCGCGAGGAAAAGACUGCGCUUAUGCAUGAAGGUUCCGGGCAGAAUGUGUGGUCUGCAUAUGUCGAAGUCAUCUUCGACAACAGCGACGAUCGAUUCCCAACCGGAAAACCAGAGGCCAUCAUUCGUCGCUCGCUUGGCUUAAAAAAGGAUGAAUAUUCCAUUGAUCGCAAGAACUCUACAAAAGCUGAAGUCAUGAGCCUUUUCGAGUCUGCUGGCUUUUCUCGAUCGAAUCCGUACUAUAUCGUUCCGCAAGGUCGCAUCACUCAACUCACAAACAUGAAGGAUGACAUGCGUCUCAGCAAGUUGAAGGAAGUCGCGGGCACCCAAGUUUACGAAAAUCGCCGACAAGAGAGCUUGAAAAUUCUCAAGGAAACGGAGAACAAGCAGGGUCAGAUCGAUGCACUCCUCGCCACCAUCCGCGAGCGGCUGGAAGAGCUUGAGCAGGAGAAAGCAGAACUGACUGAGUACCAACAGCUUGAAAGGCAACGACGGAUACUCGAUUAUACCUUUCACUCUCGUAAUUACAAACGAUUUUCAGAGAAGCUUGAAAAUUUCGAAGAGAGAAGGUCUAUCAAGGCCGCUGAACAGGAAGAACGAGUUCAACAAUUGGAUCAGAUCAAAGAGGAGCUCGAUCACGCCCAGAGGAAUAUUCAAUUGGAUUUGCAAAACAUCAAUACGCUCAACGACGAGAAACGCCAAUAUGAGAAUGACUACUCAAAAGUUAAAUCGGAGCAGACACGAGCGCGACUUGAUCGGGACAGCCUAAAAGGUGAGCAGUCUGAAUCCGACAUAGCUCAUCAAGAAAGGGCACGAAAGCUGCAAUCUCUCACCUCGAGCAUCGCUGCGUCCGAGAAAGAGCUUAGGAGAAUCCUUCCGGAGUACACCAAAGUCAAGGAUCAGGAGGUCGAUGUGAAGACUCAGCUUGAACUGGAGCAGAGCACACAACGAAGGCUGCGUGGAAAGCAGCAGUACACUAGCAAACAAACCCGAGACGCAGCUCUAACGAAGCAGAUCAACAGCAUUCAAGGCGAUCUGGGUAACCGUAAGGCUACCGCCAUGGAAAACCGCGACCGCAUUGCCUCGUUAGAAAACUUGAUAUCGUCCUUAAAAAGCGAUAUCGAACAAAUAAAUGCAAACUUAGCCAAAGGGCAACAAGACGCUCAAAAAUACCCCGAGCGAAUCGCUCAACUCGAUCAGGAGUUGUCUAGCCUAGAGGAUGAAAGGAGAUUACUUCUGAGAGAGGAGCACCAGCUUCAUAACCAGAUCAAGACGUCCGAACAUGAUUAUCAAAUCGCCCGGGAGAAGAUGCUGCGACUUGCAGACAGGAACGUAAUCAAUGGUAUUCUUGCUGUUAGAGCUAUGAAGGCUCAAGGAGAAAUAGACGGGAUUUAUGGUGUGCUCGGGGAAUUGAUCACAGUAAAACAGCAUUACGAAGUCCCUGUAGAAGUCAUUGGUGGACAGCAGCAACUCAGCAUUGUCGUAGAUACGGAUGAGACUGGACAGAAGAUCAUCCAAAAGUUGGCACAAAGCAAAGCAGGCAGAGUGACUCUAAUCCCUCUGAAUCAAAUGCGCGACAAGGAUAUCAAUCUCACAAGAACUGCCGACGCCAUGCCCGUGAUGGCCCGACUAGAAUAUGAUCCGGCGAUUGAGCGCGCUGUACAGCAUGUCUUUGGCAAGGCCGUCAUAUGCCCGGACUACCAGUCAGCAGCGGAUCAUGCAGCUAAAAAUGGUGUCACUGCAGUCACUAUGUCUGGGGCACGAUCAGAUCCCCAGGGAGGUUUGACUGGUGGAUUUGUUGAUUCGAAGAGAGCUCGCAUUGGGGUUCUCCGCGAAGAGUUAGAGAAACGGGAAGCUCUUAAUGUGCUCAUAGGAACAGAGAGAGAACUUAGAGAGAGAAAAGAAACUUUGUCUCAACGCAUAACACAGAAAAGAGGCGAGCAGACGAAGGUCUCGCUUGAUCAAACGAGAGCUGAGCGUGGAGAUCGGGCCUUGAGGCAAGAACUACACGCAAAAUUGCAACAAUUACCUCAGCGUGUUAUUGAGUUGGAUGCGAAGAAGGCCAGACAAGAAGAGGAUGAUGGCGAUUACAACCGACUAGAUGACGAGCUCACCAACAUUCAGACGGAACUUGCGAGUCCCUUCCAGCCGAAGCUGUCGAAAGAAGAAAGCCGACAGCUUGAACUCCUCAAUACGAGCAUACCGAAGUUACAAAAGCAGUAUACUGACAUGAACACACGCCGAAAUGACCUCGAAAUUACGAAGACGAACCUCGAAUACGAACUCAACAACAAUCUCAGGCCACAGAUGACUGAGCUGGAAGCAGACAAUUCAGGCUCUCCCAAUAGCGCAUUUGGAACUCAAUCAAAGCUGGCUGAAGCCGAGCGUCGCCUUGUCAAGGCAACUGCUGAUGUGCGGUUAACAAAAGCUCAGAUUGAAGAAUGCAACAAUCAGCUUAACGCUGCUAAUAAAAAAUUGCAAGAAGAUCAACAGGCCCACGCCGAGAAGGAGCAAGAGCAGGGCGCCCUCAAAGAAGAUAUUGACAAGUACAUUAGACGCUUAGCCAACAUUCAUAGUGAACGCGCACAGCAGGAGCUCCUGAAGAAGGGAUCUAAGCAAAAACUUGACGAACUUGGGUCUAUACCAACAUUGUCCGCCAAAGAGCAAAAAUACAAAGGUUGGAAUGAUAAAACGCUCGAUGAGGAAACGAGAAAAGUCAAGAAGAAACUCAAGAACUACACGCAUGUCAACAAAAAGGCGGUGGAGCAAUACAACAACUUUACUGCGCAACGUGACAAGUUGACUGCCCGUUACCAAGAGCUAGAAUCAUCAUAUGGGUCCAUCCAAAGUCUUAUCGAGCAUCUCGACCAUCGGAAAGAUGAGGCACUGCAGCGAACGUUCAAACAAGUCUCGAAAGAAUUUGCGUGGGUCUUUAAGCAAUUGGUACCGGCAGGUCAGGGACGACUCAUUAUCCAACGACGGACAGACCAACAGCUCCGUCGUGCCGAAGAAGAUGGCGAGGGCGAGCGCACUGGCAGCUCCGGCGUGGAGAGCUACACGGGAGUCGGUAUUAGCGUCAGCUUCAAUAGCGAGCACGACGAGCAACAAAAGGUCCAACAGCUUAGUGGUGGCCAGAAGAGUCUAUGCGCCCUAGCAUUGGUAUUUGCCAUCCAGCGCUGUGACCCAGCGCCGUUCUACAUCUUUGAUGAGAUUGAUGCUAAUCUGGAUGCCCAAUACCGUACUGCAGUGGCGAAGAUGAUCAAGACGCUGUCAGAGCCGAACGAAGAUGGCACGGGUGGUGGUCAGUUCAUUUGUACCACUUUCUCGCGAGAACUGAUUGUGGACGCGGACAAGUGUUAUCUCGUUACGUUCUCAAAUAAGACGAGCUCUGUCGAUGUGGUCGACAAGGAGCUUGCGCUGCAAUUCGUUGAAGAGCAGCAAAAGAAGAUCGGGCAGUAA